UGCAGGCUGGGAGCAAGAUGGCGCUGCGACCGGGAGCGGGAGCCACCGGCGGCGGGGCCGCGGGAGCAGGCACGGGGGCCGCCGGGGGGAGCAGCUUCAUGUUUCCUGUUGCAGGUGGAAUCAGACCCCCUCAAGGCCUGCUGCCAAUGCAGCAACAAGGAUUUCCUAUGGUCUCUGUCAUGCAGCCUAAUAUGCAAGGCAUGAUGGGAAUGAAUUACAGCUCUCAAAUGUCCCAAGGACCUAUUGCUAUGCAGGCAGGGAUACCGAUGGGACCGAUGCCAGCCGCAGGAAUGCCUUACCUGGGACAAGCACCAUUCCUUGGAAUGCGCCCUGCAGGCCCACAGUACUCUCCAGAUUUGCAGAAGCAGUUUGCUGAAGAGCAGCAAAAACGAUUUGAACAACAGCAGAAGCUCUUAGAAGAAGAAAGAAAACGGCGCCAGUUUGAAGAGCAGAAACAAAAGCUCAGGCUGUUGAGUAGUGUGAAACCCAAGACAGGAGAGAAGAGUAGAGAUGAUGCUUUGGAAGCCAUAAAAGGAAACCUAGAUGGAUUUUCCAGAGAUGCUAAGAUGCACCCCACUCCAGCGUCACUCCCUAAGAAACCAGAUUAUCCCACAUCAUCUCAUUCUACUAAAACUGUCUCCCCAUCACCUGCCUUUCUUGGUGAAGAAGAAUUCAGUGACUUUAUGCAGGGACCUGUUGAAGUUCCCUCAUGUGGGCCUUCCACUUCCCAGCCUUUUCAAUCUUUCCAUGCCACCACCCCACUUGGCCACUUGCAUGCGCAGAGGGCUGGAGCCCAGCCUCUGCCUCCAGGCCCUUCUUUGGAAGAGAAACUCCUAGUAUCUUGUGAGAUAAUUACAUCUGGUCAGGAACAAACUAAAUUAAACACUUCUGAAGUUGGGCACAAAGGCCUAUAUGCAGGUUCCAGUAAGAACCAUCCCAGUUUAACAGCCAAUAACGGGGGUGCCGUAGAUGGAUGUGUAAAUGGUACCUCUACAGCAGGAAAGACUUCAGAUCAAAACCUGUCCACUGAAGAGAGUGGUGUGGGAGUAUUUCCCCCACAGGAUCCUGUUCAACCCAGAAUGCCACCUUGGAUUUACAAUGAGAGUUUGGUUCCAGAUGCCUAUAAGAAAAUUUUAGAAACCACAAUGACUCCAACUGGAAUAGAUACUGCUAAACUUUAUCCCAUUCUGAUAUCAUCUGGACUUCCCAGGGAAACUCUUGGACAAAUAUGGGCUUUAGCUAAUCGAACUACACCUGGCAAGCUUACUAAAGAAGAACUUUACACCGUUCUCGCCAUGAUAGCAGUAACACAGAGGGGUGUUCCAGCCUUGGGUCCUGAUGCUUUAAACCAGUUCCCAGCAGCUCCUGUUCCAACUCUAAGUGGCUUUCCUAUGACUUUGCCUUCUGCUGUGAGUCAGCCAACUGGAAUGCCUCAAGGCCCUGCAGGUUCUUUGCCCCUCAAUCUUGGACAGUCAGUUAUGGGCAUUAACCAUGUUGGACCAGUUGGGGGAGCUGCAGCCCAGGCUUCCAGUGGCUUCAUGCCAGCUCACCAGGCAAAUCAGGUGGUAAAACCAGAAGAAGAUGACUUCCAGGAAUUUCAAGAUGCUUCUAAGUCAGGAUCCCUUGAUGACUCAUUCAGUGAUUUCCAAGAGUUGCCUCCUCCUUCAAAAACAAAUUCCCAACAAGGAAACAGUGCCCCUUCUUUGUUGAUGCCACUUCCUGGAAAUAAAGCAUCAACUUCAGUGGAUAAAUAUGCUGUGUUUAAAGGAAUUACAGCUGACAAAUCCUCUGAAAACACUGUUCCAGUUGGAGAGCCUGGUGAUAAAUAUAGUGCUUUCAGAGAACUUGAACAGACAGCAGAGAGUAAACAUUUAGGAGAAAACUUUGCAGAAUUCAGAUCUGCAGGAACAGAUGAUGGUUUCACUGAUUUUAAAACCGCCGAUAGUGUAUCGCCACUAGAGCCACCAACAAGAGACAAAACUUAUCCUACAGCCUUCCCCUCAGGAACUAUGCAGCAGAAACAACAAGCACAAGUGAAAAAUCCCCUGAAUUUAGCAGAUCUAGAUAUGUUUUCCUCAGUUAGCUGCAGCAGUGAGAAAUCAUUGUCCGUUUUGACCACGUUCAGUACAUCGAAACCUGUUUCCACACGACCGCAGCCCACCGGGUCUGCUACAACUACGACAACAUCAGCAUCAGUUAAAACCUCUAGUUUGGCUGAUGAAUUUGGAGAAUUCAACCUUUUUGGGGAAUAUUCUAGCCCAGCACCUGCUAGUGAGCAGGAUGACUUUGCAGAUUUUAUAGCUUUCAGUAAUAGCGCUAUUUCGUGUGAGCAGAAGUCAGAUGAUAAAUAUGAUGCCCUUAAAGAGGAAGCAAGCCCUGUUCCUCUGACCAGUAGCUUGAGCAGCACAGUGAAGAGUGGACAAAGCUCAGUUGCCAUGUGUACCAAAUAUGAUGUCUUCAGACAGCUUUCUCUGGAAGGAUCUGGACUCGGUGUUGAAGAACUGAAAGAUAGCACCCCUUCAGUAAAAAGUGAUGAUGAUUUUGCCGACUUCCACUCCAAUAAAUUUUCUUCUGUGAACUCUGACAAAUCCUUGGGAGAGAAAGCAGUGGCUUUCAGACACACCAAAGAAGACUCUGCUUCGGUGAAGUCCUUGGACCUCCCUUCCAUUGGCGGCAGCAGUGUUGGCAAGGAGGACUCUGAAGAUGCACUCUCUGUUCAGUUUGACAUGAAAUUGGCUGAUGUGGGAGGAGAUCUUAAGCAUGUCAUGUCUGAUAGCUCUUUGGAUUUGCCCACAGUUAGUGGCCAGCAUCCUCCUGCUGCAGAUAUAGAGGACUUAAAAUAUGCUGCUUUUGGAACCUACGGUAGCAAUUUUGCAGUGAGCACACUUACAAGCUAUGACUGGUCAGACAGGGAUGAUGCAUCUCAGGGCAGAAAACUCUCUCCAUUUGUCCUCUCAGCAGGAAGCGGAUCCUCCUCUGUUGCCUCAGUUCUUCAAAAGAAAGAGACUUCAUUUGGCAGUUCUGAAAACAUCACCAUGACCUCUCUCUCCAAGGUAACAGCUUUUGCAAGUGAAGAUGCCCUCCCAGAGGCCGCCUUCCCAGCAUUCUCUAGUUUUAAAGAUGCCACACCUCAGACCACUGAGCAAAAGGAAUGUGAGAGCAAAGAUUUCACCAGGCAGGACCUGCCUACUGCUGAUCAGAACCAAGAAGUCGUGUGUGCAAGCCCAGCUUCCAGCAGCGCUUCUUUCGAUGCCCCCAAGGAAUGUUUAGAUGACUUUGGAGAGUUUCAGAGUGAGAAGCCCAAAAUCAGCAAAUUUGACUUUUUAGUGGCCAAUUCACAAAGCAAAAUGAAAUCCAGUGAAGAAAUGAUCAAAAGUGAGCUGGCAACUUUUGACCUUUCUGUCCAAGGAUCGCACAAGAGGAGUUUGAGCCUUGGUGAUAAAGAAAUAAGCCGUUCUUCUCCUUCUCCCGCUUUGGAGCAACCCUUCAGAGACCGUUCCAACACGCUUAGUGAGAAGCCGGCUCUGCCUGUCAUCCGCGACAAGUACAAAGAUCUGACCGGCGAGGUGGAGGAGAGCGAGAGAUAUGCAUACGAGUGGCAGAGAUGCCUGAGAAGUGCACUCGAUGUCAUUAAAAAGGCAAAUGACACCUUAAAUGGAAUCAGUAGUAGUUCUGUUUGCACAGAAGUAAUUCAGUCAGCUCAAGGCAUGGAAUAUUUAUUAGGUGUUGUUGAGGUAUACAGAGUAACUAAACGUGUGGAGCUGGGAAUAAAAGCUACUGCCGUGUGCAGUGAGAAACUCCAGCAGUUGCUAAAGGACAUCGAUAAAGUGUGGAAUAACCUAAUUGGCUUCAUGUCGCUCGCCACGCUCACACCUGAUGAAAAUUCACUGGAUUUUUCCUCUUGUAUGCUACGACCUGGGAUUAAAAAUGCUCAGGAGCUCGCUUGUGGGGUGUGCCUUUUAAAUGUGGACUCCAGGAGCCGGAAAGAAGAGAAGCCUGCAGAAGAACAUCCUAAAAAAGCAUUCAACUCCGAGACAGACAGUUUCAAGCUGGCAUAUGGAGGACACCAGUAUCAUGCCAGCUGUGCCAACUUCUGGAUCAAUUGUGUUGAACCAAAACCACCUGGCCUCAUACUGCCUGAUUUGCUCUGAAAAACUACAAAGUGGAGGGUGGUUUUUUUCCAUCCCACCCCAUGGGGUGAAGAAAUCAAAUUAAACAGAACAUUUAUGAGUCUAUAUGAAGAAUUCCUCCAAGAGGUUGGGGGACCAAAGUGUGCAAGUUCCCAGUCAUUUCUAGCCCCACUUCGUCCCCCACUGCCAGUGUUUGGGGCUGAGGUAACAUCACCCUACCCCGGCUGUGGCACAGAUGUUUGCUAACUUAUCAUAAGAUGUUUUAAUAUAUAUGGACUGUAACUUUCUUUAAGGGAUAUUUGCUGCUGCAGUAUUAAAACUGUGAAGGAUUGACAUUUAAUGAAAAUAAAUUAUUGUAGGACUGGAAUUGACGAUGUUUCAAGCCAGUGUUUACUUAUGUCUAGAGCUUUGAUUGCAUAAUAUUAAAAGUAGAAUGUAUUUAUCCACAUUUAGAUUGAGCAUUGAAAUGAGCCAAGAGAGGAAACUGUGAUUAAACUGAUAUUAUUUUUAUAGAAGAAAUUCUGCUCACCUCCAUUGGACAAUGGCAGGUAAGGGUGGAUUUAUCAAUAUUUCUGUCAAAACUGAACCAUUUCUUCUUUUGUUCAUUUCUAAAACUACCAGCUUUCAAGAUCUUUUUCUCAGAAGGUGCCUGGACU